AUGCGGCUGACAAGAUUAUUUUACUCAACGUUACUGAUAGGAAUACUGCAGAUCAAUCAUCCUUUUAUGUCAUUUGCUUACUGUGAAAAAUCUUCUCGGCUUAAGUGCAGGAAGGCGUUGCAGAUGACGGUAGCCGAGGAUCAGGUCGAGGUCGUGAAAUCGGUUAGCCCCGGGGAUGAUGUUGCCAAGCGCGAUAAUGAUUCGGAUCAGGUUGCUCUCGAAUCGGUUGACCAGGAUCUGCAAGGAUCGGCACCGGUACAGUCCUACCCGCAACACUUACCACCACCCUUGAGCCACGGUCCCGUCGGCUUGGGAGGGCCAGCGCUGGCAAAACACGGGCCAGGACCCCAGCAUGGACCCGUUCCACACCAUGGACCACCAAUACCGCACGGCCCAAGCCGAGCGUCGCUAAGCCUUGGUCAACCGUUUGGACCACCGCCGCCACCACCACCCCCGCAAGCCUUACCGGUGGCACACGCGUACCAUGGUCCACCACCACCGCCACCGCCGCUGAAAGCGCAGGCCAGCGAGCUCAGUCCGGAGAAGCUAUACGGGCCACCACUUGCCGGGAACGAACUCUGGUCAUCACCACUCCAGGACAUGCCGAAAAUAGUCUCGCUGGACGUGAAAUGUGAAAAGCAGGGCAUGAAGGUGUUCGUCCAGUUCGACAAACCGUUCUUCGGCAUCGUCUUCUCCAAGGGUCACUACAGCAACGUGAACUGUGUGCACCUACCGGCCGGGCUCGGCAAAACCUCCGCCUCGUUCGACAUCGGCAUCCACGAGUGUGGUACGGCUGGCAACACGGACAACGUGCUGUACAAUGGUUACUCCGGCACGGACACGAACGCCGGCUCGUACUUCGAAAACAUCAUCGUGCUGCAGUACGAUCCGCAGGUGCAGGAGGUUUGGGAUCAGGCGCGCAAGCUGCGCUGUACGUGGCACGAUCAGUACGAGAAGUCGGUCACCUUCCGGCCGUUCCCGGUCGACAUGCUCGAUGUGAUACGGGCCGACUUUGCCGGCGAUAACGUGGGCUGCUGGAUGCAGAUCCAGGUCGGUAAGGGUCCGUGGGCGUCCGAGGUGUCCGGGCUGGUAAAAAUCGGCCAAACGAUGACGAUGGUUUUGGCGAUCAAGGACGACGACAGCAAGUUCGAUAUGCUGGUGCGCAACUGCAUGGCGCACGAUGGCAAGCGGGCCCCGAUCCAGCUGGUCGAUCAGCGCGGUUGCGUCACCCGCCCGAAGCUGAUGUCGCGCUUCACGAAGAUUAAGAACUUCGGUGCGAGUGCCUCGGUGCUGUCGUACGCCCACUUCCAGGCAUUCAAGUUCCCCGACUCGAUGGAGGUACACUUCCAGUGCACGAUCCAGAUCUGUCGCUACCAGUGUCCGGACCAGUGUACCGAUCCGGGUGUGCUGGACGUGCACCAUCUGUCCGGCGGACCGGAACAUCAGCAGUACGGACCACCGCCUCCACCACCACCGCCCCAGUCGCUCGAUGCGCACGUCUUCACCUCCAACCGCAAGCGGGACGAUCGCCGGAUCCGUCGUACGCGUGCGACCGAACACGAGCAGAAGGAGGACGUGGGGCUGAACCGUGUGAUACGCGUUGUGUCGCCCGGCGACCUUACGUUCCCGAUCGGGCCCGGUUCACCGAACGAUACCGAUGCCGCCACGAUGGUGUUCUCCGCACGCGACGAAGGCCUCAUCUGCAUGACCACGCCCGGCUUCACCGUCACGAUCGUCGUGCUGCUAUCGAUACUGCUCGCCUCCUGCAUCACGUCCGCCUUUCUCUGCAUACGCCUGAAACCGUUCUCGCUGUCGCUAGCGAAGGAGCGUUCGGUCGCGUUCACCAAUCCGCAUCUGACACCGUCCGUCUCCGGUACCGUGCUGACCAGCGGGGCUAGCUCCAUCGUUGGUACGCUCAAGUCAACCAAAUCGACCGCCACCAACAGCAAAACGCGCAUGUUCUACACCUGA